UAUUUUUACUAAAGUCUUCACCUUUCUCUUCUCUACCAGCAAACCAAACAAACCAAACCUCUCUGUAAAUCAACCAAACAAAUUAUGGGAAUUUCGUGGAGUAGCAGAAGAAGAAACAACCAUCAUCACCACCAUGGUCAUUAUUUAGCACCACCGCCUCCACCGCUUCCGCCGCCACUACCACCUUACCACGAACCCUCUUUGUAUUCCACCCCAAACCCACCUCCACCCCCACCGCCUUAUGCUCCACCCCACAAUCCUUAUCCUGCUCCCCCACCCCCACCACCUCCGCCACCGGUUAAUUCUUAUUAUUACAAUUCUCACGGUGGCUACAAUUCUUGUAAUUAUGCAAAUCCCGUGAUGGGCAGGUUCAACUACCAGUUUCAUUACCAGCCUCCUUAUUACGCGAACCAGGCCCAUGGAUGGCCCACUAACAGGCCUCAAGUGGGCCCACCACCGCCUUAUGUUGAUCAUCAGAGUGCAAAGAAGGUGAGGAAUGAUGUGAAUGUUCAUAAGGAUACGUUGAAGAUUGAAGUGGAUGAGCAGAACCCGGAUCAUGUCUUAGUUUCAUUUGUAUUUGAUGCCAUGUUUGAUGGGAGCAUCACUAUUUUGUACUUUGCUAAGGAAGAGGCAAAUUGUCGGUUUGUUCCGCUGUUUCCCGAAGCCUAUGUGCCAGUGAGAGUUCCCUUUAAGAAAGGACCGGGCCAGAAAUUUCUUCAGCCUUCAGGGACAGGCAUUGACUUAGGCUUCUUUGAAUUGGAUGAUCUCUCUAAACCAUCACCAGGAGAAGAUGUAUUUCCUCUUGUAAUAUCUGCUGAAACAAAUACGCCAUCAACGUCCACCGAUGAACAUUUCAGUGAUCCCGAGCCAAAUACAGCUCCUCAUACGCAGGUCACUCAAGUUGUUCUAGAAAAGAAUAAUGAUGCUUCAUUCCAAGCAAAAGUAAUAAAGCAGAUAUUGUGGGUUGAUGGGGUUCGCUAUGAGUUACGUGAGAUAUAUGGAAUAGGAAGCUCAGCAGCCGAGGGUUUUGAUGACAGUGACCCAGGGAAGGAAUGUGUGAUUUGCAUGACUGAACCUAAGGAUACUGCUGUGCUACCUUGCAGACACAUGUGUAUGUGCAGCGAGUGUGCAAAGGCAUUGCGGCUGCAGUCAAAUAAGUGCCCCAUAUGCCGUCAUCCCAUUCAGGAACUUAUAGAGAUCAAGAUAAAUAGUGGUGGUGAUCAAUGACAGAUUUUUAUAUCAAGUUUGAUUGUAUGGUAUGAGUAUUUAAUUCUUUAUGUUUGUAAUGUGUCUUUCCCAGCUCUUUAUGCAUAUAAUUUUUUUGUAUAUUUCAAUCAUAUAUAACAGUUUUUUAACUUCUAUGUGACAUCCAUGUGAAAUCUAAUCUUGCAAGGAUGAAAUGUAACAGUUAGUGUGUUUGUGCAUGAGAAUCUAUGACUGAAACUAUAGCUUUCAAAUCUUCAAUAUUCACUCAAUCAGUGUGAAUCUUUAACCA